AUGAUUUUGCGACAGCAGCCUACCAGUACGCGGCAAUACACAGGCACAUCUACGCUGACUGGCCCUAUCACUGUAACGACUAUCUCGCCGUCGGGGACUGCGCCUGGAACUGUGAUUGUUGAGACACCUCCACCCCUUCCAACGUUUGAUUGUGACGAAGGUGGAUAUCUCAUCCAAAACAGAGCUCUAUACAGACUCAACCUUGAAACUGGGGAGAACGUACUAGUACGCAACCCCGUUGGCCCGGGAGGCAACAUCAACGGCAUUGGUUAUAACAUUCUGGAUGAUUUGAUCUGGGGCAUGUAUGCGGAUACGUCUAACUUCCGGGUAAUUCGAAUCGGGCCCGACGGAUCUUCCACUUUCAUUGAUGCGACCCUUCCCAGGCCAGACUCUUCUGUCACUGGCGGUACGACUUGGAACGCAGGAGAUGUUGAUCCUGACGGCAAUUUCUGGGUUGCAUCCAACGGACGACAGUGGGCUAGGAUCGAUGCAAAUCCGGCUUCCAGUACAUUCGGAACAGUUCUGCAGCAAGGAACUUCGACAGCAGAAAAUCCUGUGGUGGAUUGGACUUAUGUUCCCGGUGGCGGGCGCUAUCUUUAUGGUCUGGCAUAUACCAGUACCCGAACUAGGUUGGCUAGAUGGAGUCUUGAUACCUUUACUUGGGAGAUCGUGCGAGAUUAUGGAAACAUUGUGGGUUCUAAUCUCUGGGGCGCCAACUAUGCUGUGGGUAAUGGCAUAUUUUAUGCAUCCGAGAACAGUUCCGGAGACAUUUAUCGAUUCGACAUCAAUUCGGGAGCUCCAGUCAAGGUGACGGCUGGUCCAUCCUCUAGUAACAAUGAUGGUGCACGUUGUUUCAAUGCAUAA